AUGUCAGGCAAGAAAGUCCUAGUUCUUGGUGGAACCGGCCCGGCAGGUAUUUGCCUACUGCGAGAGCUUGUUCAUCGCAACCAUGCAACUAUCCUCCUGGCAAGAACCCCCUCAAAACUUCCGGGUAACUUAGUCUCUAGCUCUCUAAUCGAGGUAAUCGAAGGGGAAAUGAGUGACACGAAAGCCCUAGACUCAGCAAUGGCCCGCUCGUCUAUAGUUGUAUCCCUCCUUGGGCCGAACAUCAACGACAAGCACAUCGAUCCUUCUCUUUACGCCGAUAUUUACCGCAAUUAUGUUUUUCCAGCGAUGAAAAAAUACAGCCCCGAAGACCACUGGACAUUCUUCCAGACCAUGGUCACGAUUGUCAUGCCACUUUUGAAUGGAGCUGUUUACCGCAAUAUGCAUAAUCUUGCUCACUUAUUUGGCAAAGAAGGUCACGAUCUUGACUGGACUAUCUUCCGCAUAGCACAGAUACCUGGAGAGUCUGAUGAGACUAGCUGGAGACAGGACCGGGAUCUCGGACUGUUCACUGGGUGGAUAGGAGAAAAAGGUUGGACAUCAACUCUUAGGCGGGGCGCACUAGCUCGAUGGCUCGUGGAUGGAGUCGAAGGUAAGAUGGACGUUUGGGUCCAUAAGAUGCCAGGGAUCAGUCAACUAGCAGGGGUCUGA